UGUCACUUUUUCUUCUUGAAGUAUUCAGACUGUUUCUGCAUGACGCGAUGAGUUUUUAAUUAAUUUUUCCCGAAAAUUUUGAAAAAUGAAAAGCUGACCUGGUGAGUUAGGGAGAGGAGAGACUCAUUCUUCUUCUUCGUGAAGACCAUAAGCAGGAAAGAGACGAAGUCUCUGUUCUCCUCUCCUCCUCCAAGAUCUUAUUUUCUUUGUAAUUCUCAAAAUACAAGCCCAAAUUUGAUGCCGUUUUCAACCACGAGAUCCACGAAACGAGCUCUACAUAUCAAGUGUUGAUUGAGUUGCUUAUGAGCUCGGGAAGCUAAUUUGACAAAUUGGGGACUCGAUUGAUACUUUUGGAAACAUAAACUGCAACCAUGCCUUUGAGAAGAGCCUUUGAAUCUGCUUCUGUAAGCCUGCUGCUUAACAAGUUGGCCAAUCAAGAUGUAAUUGAUUUUUUCCUCAAGUGGAAACUGGAUGGCUCGCUCUUAACAAAGCUCAAGACAAACCUGCACAUAAUUCGUGCAGUUCUCAAUCAUGCUGAGGAGAAGCAAGUCAAAGACUUAGAUGUCAAAGCUUGGAUUGAAGAAGUCAGGGUUGCGGCCUAUGAUGCUGAGGACAUUGUGGAUGAGCUUGCUAACGAUUCACUUGAAUCGCAAUACAAUAAUAAGGCAUUGAACUACGUCUGUGACUCUUUGAAUGCAAAUGAAACAGUCAAGGAAAGCCUGGACUUUAAGAUGAAAGACGUUGGUAAUGCUCUGAAUCCAUUUAAGGAACGUGUAGAGCCAAAGCUGAAAAAGAUCAUAGAAAGAUUAGAUGAAAUUGCAAAGCAAAAAGAUAUUCUUCGUUUGAGAGAAGAUGCUGGAGGGAUGUCGUCUGGGAUUGAUAGAUUGCCGACAACUCCAAUGGUUAAUGAAUCUCAUGUUUAUGGCAGAGAGUUUGAUAAGGAGGAAAUAGUCAAGUUGCUGGAUUUGGGCAAGGAAAAUGAUGAUGGGAUAUCCAUAGUUCCAAUUGUAGGCAUGGGAGGCAUGGGAAAGACAACACUAGCUCAAAUUGUGUAUAAUGAUGAGGUCGUGGGUCGGCAUUUUAACUUGAAAGCUUGGACCUGUGUGUCUGAUGUAUUUGAUGUCUGCAGGAUAAUAAAAACACUUGUUGAGUCGGUGACCAAGAGUACUUCAAGCACAAGCAAUCUGGAAUUACUUCAAGAAAAUCUCAAAAGAUUGUUGGACAAGAAGAAAUUUUUGGUCGUUUUGGAUGAUGUCUGGAAUGAUAAUUAUCAAAGUUGGGAUGAAUUAAGAAUACCUUUCAUGGUUGGCGCUCCCGGGAGUAGAAUUAUAAUAACAACACGCUCUAAAAAAGUUGCAUCAACUGUGGGCACUGUUGUACCUUACAAUUUGAAGGCAUUGUCGGAAAAUGAUUGCCAGUCAUUAUUUGAACAAAUUGUGUUUGAUAACAGAAGUUUAGAUGCCUGUGGAAACUUCAAAGUGAUUGGCAAGAAAAUCGUAGAGAAGUGUAAAGGGUUGCCUUUGGCUGUGAAGGCGCUUGGGGGUCUUCUGCGCGCUGAACCUGAAAUGGAUGAGAAUUUCUGGAAUGAUAUCUUGAAAAGCAAGAUGUGGGAACUUCCAGACAACAACAUUCUACCAGCUCUAAGGUUAAGCUACCAUCACCUCCCAGGGAAUUUGAAGCGAUGCUUUGCUUAUUGCUCAAUGUUUCCUAAGGACUAUGAAUAUGAGAUAGAGAUGUUAGUCAUGCUAUGGAUGGCCGAGGGUUUUGUGGAGCCAGAUGGAAAUAAAAGAAUUGAAGAUGUAGCGGGAAGAUAUGUUUUGGAAUUACUAUCAAGGUCCUUCAUCCAACAUUACCUCAAUGACGCGAAACGAUUUGUGAUGCAUGACCUCAUCCAUGAUCUAGCGCAAUCUGUUUCUGGAAAAACAUUUUUCAGGUUGGAGGAAAAUGCAGAGACUAAUAGUGAGCUGCCCACAAAAACUCGUCACUUGUCAUACAUUCGCAAACCUGAAGAUGUUUUUCAGAAAUUUGAGCCAUUCAGCAAAGUUGAGUGUUUGCGAACAUUUCUACCAUUACAUCCGAUGCAUGGGUUCAGUCUCAGCAGCAUAACCGACAAGGUUCCUCGUGAUAUGAUGCCAAAAAUGAGAUUCUUGCGGGUGUUGUCCUUUAGUGGUUAUCUCAUAGCUAAGUUGCCAGAUUCAAUUGGCAAUUUGAAAAGUCUUCGUUACCUUAGUCUGUCUCAUUGUGAAUUAGAAGAGCUACCUGAGUCAACAAGCAGCCUAUACAAUCUGCAGACGUUGAUAUUAUUCAGAUGUUUAUCCCUUACCACACUGCCUACAGAUAUGGGAAACCUUAAGAAUUUACGGCAUCUCAACCUUAUUGGAACUAACCUGAAAAGUAUGCCUCUGGGAAUGGGAAGAUUGACUAACCUUCAAAUGCUGUCAGAUUUUGUUGUGGGGAAAGCCACUGGAUCAGGGAUAGCUGCGUUCAAGGAUUUGUCACAUCUUCGAGGUUCCCUUUCCAUUUCUGGUUUGCAUGUGGUGGGCAGCGUUCGAGAUGCAAUUCAGGCCAAAUUGGAGGCAAAAAAUUAUCUUGAUGAGCUAGUUCUGGAUUGGAGCAGCAAUGGUAAUAGUUCACGAGCUGAAAAAAUUGAGACGGAUGUACUCGAUGCAUUACAGCCUCAUGAAAACCUGAAGAAACUCACCAUCAAGUACUAUGGUGGUACCGAAUUUCCAAGUUGGAUGAGUGAUCCUGUGUUCAGUAACAUGGUAUAUCUGCAUCUUUACGGUUGCACAAAGUGCACAUCCUUACCAUCCCUUGGCCAACUACCUUCUCUUAAAGACCUUGUAAUUGAAGGAAUGGAUGGAAUAAAUCAUGUUGGACUUGAAUUUUUUGGGGAUGGUGAUGAUUCUCGAAUUCCAUUUCCGGCGUUGGAGACUUUGAGAUUUAAGAACAUGAAAGAGUGGGAGGAAUGGUCAUCUAUAGAAGAUGGAAGGCUCGAUGGAUUUCCUGGCCUUUGUGAGCUUUCCAUAUUCAGAUGUCCGAAGUUAAGAAAGUUCUCCCAUGGAUUUUCCUCCCUGAAAAAGUUGCGCAUCAAGAACUGUGCAGCUUUAACUACUUUUUCUCGUCUUUCUGAACUUGGAAACUUGGAACCUGCAGAAUUCCCAAGCCUUCAACAGCUUGUUCUCGUAGAUUGUGGUGAGCUUGAUGAACUUCCUGUUACUAUCCCUUCAUUGGAAUAUCUAGAGAUAGAUGGUUGUAAAAAUUUGGCUGCACUUCCAAGGCUAAUGGGCCUUUUUACAUUGUCCGUGUUAGAUUCUAGUGUUGAACUACUUGGAUGCAUGAUGGAACUAAGCUCACUAACCUCUCUGCACUUGAAUAAUGUUUCACAUGUCAAGUCUCUGCCUGAGGGCUUGGUGCAACAUAUCGCAAAACUUGAAGAGUUGAGUUUUGAUAGCUUUCUCGAACUUGAAUUCUUGUCAAAUAAGAGAUUGGGACUGGCAGGCCUUGCAUCCCUUGGACGCUUGACCAUCUCCAAUUGUCCUAAUUUCAUUGCCUUACCAGAUGAAGCGAAUAAGCUCCCACCUGUGCUUAAAUAUUUGAGUUUGAAACAUUCUCCAAGCCUGGUGAAGUUUCCACAUGAGCUCUACAAACUGAAGUGUCUUACAGAGUUGAGAAUUGAAUGGUGUCCAAAGCUCGAAUCAUUUCCACAUACAGGGUUGCCAUCCAUGCUUAAGCGUCUUGUAAUCAGUGAUUGUGGUGGUUUUAAGAUCCUUCAGAAGGAGGUGAUGAGCAACAACAAUAGCCUUGAGUACUUGGAGAUACGUAAAUGUUCUUCUUUGACAUCAUUUCUUGAGGAAGGAAACUUGCCUCCCACCCUCAAACACGUAAAAGUUUGCUAUUGCAAAAGUCUGCAAUCAUUGCCGGAGGGUUUGAUGUGCAAAGACAACAUGAUGCUUCAGUUUUUGGAGAUAGACAACUGCCCCUCUCAUGUCAUUCCCAAGCGGUGAGCUACCCACAACACUUGAGCGCCUUGAGAUCAGCGAUUGCUCUAAACUCCGGACCUUGCCAUCCAGCCUUCUCAACCUCCUGAAUCUGGAAAUCUUGCAAGUAACUGGAUGCCCCUUUCUUGAGAGUUUUCCGAAAGGCGGGUUGCCAACAAACAUAAAAUCAGUUAUAAUUUCUGAAUGCGAGGAGCUCAAGUCCCUACCGGAGUUCAUUUACAAACUUAAACGUUUGCAAAAACUUGAGAUAUCUGGUUGCUCUAAUCUCAUCUCCUUGCCAAAGCAAGGUCUGCCCACCAGCUUAAGAUUACUUACAGUUACUGAUUGUGAAAAGCUCAAUCCCGUAGAUGAAUGGAGGCUUCACAAACUCCACUCUCUUCAUGAUCUCACUGUCGGUGGAUUUCCUGGCCUCGUGUCCUUCUCAAGCGAGUUCCUUCUUCCCCGCACUAUAACAUCCCUCAUCAUCCAAAGACUCCCAGAUCUUGGAUCCAUAUCGGAGGUGCUCGAAAAUCUCUCAUCGCUUCACAAAUUGGUCAUCAGGGAGUGUGAUAAGCUCCAAUAUUUGCCAACGAAGGGGCUGCCAGCAACGCUUUGUCACCUAUCAAUUCAUCGCUGCCCUCUUCUGCUGCAUCGGUGUGAACGAGACAAAGGAGAGGAUUGGUCCAAGAUUGAAAACAUCCCCUAUGUGCAUAUGAGUUAAUGGCAUGAAGAUAAUGAGAAACAGAGGAGUUUUCUCAGCAGCACUACGACUGACAAAGGAUGAGCAGCUUACAUUCGCUGCCCGUAGUUGUGACCUUGUUACAGCCAAGAUGUAAAUACAAAGCAUCUUCUUGCUCAAAGCACCUCCCGUCUCACAUUCAUUGAAUUCAGGUCAAGUACUGUUUGUUAUUUGGCUCCAAUUUUUUUAAAUACGAACUCUACUUAGACUCAUUAAAUGUGAGAAGUCGUUCUUCUUUACUGUCGAUCACUAUUUGACAGACUUGUAAAAAUCCUCACUACGACUACAAAAAGAAAAACUUCUACACUCGUUUCAAAACAUAA